AUGCGUGACGCGAUUGCAAACUUGCAAUCCGUCUACAAGCGCCUAGGGCGCGUGUUUACCGAUGGGCCACAGGACUCAUCGGAUGGGUCUCGUCAUACUGGCGGACGAGACCUUCAACAUCCAUCAACAGCUGAGAGCGGGGCUCCCAGCUGUUCCAAGAGGGUGGAUACCCCCGCCACUGGACGAGGUAGCUCGUCCUUGAUCCUGAAUCGUCACGGUGAUUCAAGAUACGCUCCACUAGAAAGCGUUGAUCACCGUGAGCAUCCACCAAAGGAUGUGGUGGAGGAGGAAAGACCUCCUCCAGAACCCCAGGCCCACCAUCUCGACCCUUACGAGAUGGAUCGCGCAAUCGAUGAAUUGCGCGAUGACUUGAAGCACGAGCGCGACCGACGCUACGCUUUGACCGACACCGUGCGGAAGAACCGCAAGGGUCACGAGGCUGAUCGGGCGAGGGAUCGCGCCGAUUAUGCCACGGCGCAGCUUCAGGUCGAGCGGGAUGUCCGCUCCCUUUUCGGCGAGCUGGCGACAGCUCGCGGAGAGAUAACUCGGUUGAAUACCGAGGUAUCAUAUCUGCGCGACCAGACGGAUCGUCUGGAGCGCGAACGCAAGAACUUGAUGGAUGUUCUUGAACGUGGGGGCUAUCUUCAUCGGAAGAAGAAGGCUCGUACUGACAGUACGACCUAA